GCUCGUCGCCAAGUCCGUUCGUUCCCGUUCGUCAGUUCUCUUCCUCUUCUUCCCCCGGGGAGAGGAGCAGCAGGGCAGCAGCGCAGCCGCGAUGGACCGCGUCCAGCUCGUGCUCAUGGGCCUCCCCAUCCUCCUCUUCUGCUCCGACGUCGUUACCCUCUUCGCGCCGCUGCCGCCGGCGGCCCCGCAGCCCGACCACCAGUCGCGCCCGGGCCCCGACGCCGUCCAGCCCGGCGACCCCUCCGCCGCCGACGCUUCUGCGCAGGCGGAGCCGCAGGUGGAUGGACCUGGCUCCGGCACCACCGUCGACUUGAAGUUUUGCGCCUCCUGCUCGUACAGGGGGACUGCAAUGACCAUGAAGCGGAUGCUGGAAACCUCAUUUCCUGGGAUUCAUGUUGUGUUGGAAAAUUAUCCUCCACCAUUCCCCAAACGUGCACUCAGCAAAGCUGUUCCUCUUCUUCAAGUUGGAGCCAUGGCAACAUUAAUGGCUGGUGAUCAGAUCUUCCCUAGAUUUGGAAUGGUUCCGCCUCCAUGGUACUACUCAUUGCGUGCUAAUAGAUUUGGAACCAUGGCAUCAAUCUGGCUGUUUGGCAAUUUCGCUCAGUCAUUUCUACAGAGCUCUGGUGCCUUUGAAGUUUAUUGCAAUGGGCAGCUGGUUUUCUCAAAACUGUCUGAGCAGAGGUUUCCCAGUGAGCUUGAGCUGCAGGAGCUCAUUGGCAGCAGGAUACCAGAUUCUCAGGAACCCGUUGGCAACAAGAAACCGGAUUCUCAGGAUCUGGUCUUAGAUGAUGGCAAUGAUGAUGAUGAUGAUCCCGCUAUACUCUAGUUUCACACAUUUUGUUACUAAAUAGACAUAACUUAUUGAGAGUGUCGCAACUUGUUCCCAAACACACAAUGUCUUAGAAUUCUAGACUUUAUUUCCCCCACUUAUGUACAUGUUAUACCGUGGCUAUGUAAUAACAAGGUUGAAGUCAUGUGAACUCUGAACUACCCGAGAUUGCAAUGACGGAAGUGUGCCCAA